CCUUCCUCGUCUCCCCGAGGAUCCUACACUGUCACUGAGUGAUUCAUUCCAGCUAUGUAUUUUCUUGUCUAUAUUGUAUACUUAGUCCUCGCCGGUCUCCUGUUCGGAAUCGCGGUGGCUCUGCACAGGCGUCCAGGCUCGGUGCCGCCCGGUCCUACAGGCUGGCCUUUCAUCGGUAACAUACUGGACCUGCGCACGCCGCAACCUUGGAUCACCUUCGCCGAAUGGAGCGCACGAUGGGGUAACAUCAUGCAGAUAGACCUGCUAGGACAACCCUUGGUUAUUGUGGGUUCACACAAGACAGCAGUCGACAUGCUUGAACGGAAGACCUCCAUGUAUUCGGACAGGCCUCGCUUGACCUUCAUGGGACGACUGGUCGGAUGGGACCGCCUGACGGCCCUGCUUCCCUACGGCCCGCGUUGGCGCGAAACUCGCCGGCUCUUCACGCCUGCUCUUGGAAGUCGCGCCAGCGUCGUUGCGUUCGAGCCCAUCAUGAACGUCCAAAUCACCCGCUUUUUACCCCGUAUCAUGAAGAGUCCGGACAACAUCGUGGACCAAGUUGUACGGACUGUGGCUGGGACGACUCUUAUGAUUGUAUAUGGCUACAACCUCCGCGAAGACGACAACACCUUCGUUGACAUAGCGCGCGCUGCAAUGCCCGAGUUUUCUUCUGGGUUCUUGCCCGGUGCAUAUUUGGUCGACCUGCUACCGAUUUUGAAGUAUGUUCCAUCAUGGAUGCCCGGUUCAGGAUGGAAGAAACUGGUGAAGACCUGGAAGCAUGAUUUGAACACGCUAUUGGACACCCCAUAUGAGUAUGUGAAAGAAGAGAUAGCGAAUGGCAGCACCUUCCCUUCCUUCGUCUCCCUUUGUCUCGGCGACUCCCCGGACGCCGAGCGAGAGGAACUCGUGAAGACGGCGGCAUCGUCUCUCUACAUCGGCGCGGUCGACUCGACAAGCUCAGCAGUGACGACUUUCUUCCACGCCAUGGCAAAGCACCCAGAAGUACAGAAGAAAGCUCAGGAGGAAAUCGACCGUGCAGUCGGAACCGACAGACUGCCUCUCUUGCAGGAUCGACACAGGCUGCCCUAUAUCGAUGCCAUCAUUUCCGAAGUACUCAGGUGGAAGCCCGCCGUUCCUUUAGGCAUGCCACAUCGCUUAGAGCAGGAUGACGUCCAUGAAGGCUUCUAUUUGCGUGAGGGAUCCAUCGUCGUGGCGAAUAUUUGGCAAAUGCUGCAUGAUUCGGAUACGUAUGCGGAGCCCGAGGUCUUCAACCCGGAGAGGUUCAUUGCCUCAGAGAAGAGAGAGGCUGAGAUGGAUCCGCGCACGAUCAUCUGGGGUUUUGGAAGACGCUCAUGCCCCGGCUUGUACCUUGCGGAUACAUGCAUCUUUCUGGCUGUUGUGCAGAUCUUGGCAGCAUUCAAGAUCACAACACAAGAUGGAGGCAAUAUACAAGAUAGUGACUAUACAACCGGGAUCAUCAGCCAUCCUGGACCCGCGCAAUGCACCGCAUCUCCGCGAUCGGCAAAGGCCGAGGCACUCAUUCGCUCUGUUAGCCUUGACUAAACCAGCGGAGAAGUUGCAACGGCACCCCUCGCAAUCAAAUCAUGAAAUCACGUCCAUAUUCUCCACGACUAAACCAUGCGCGUUCGCUGUAAUUUUGGGCUUCGCUCUCUCGCCCCUCUGCUUUGUUCUCACAACGAUGGCUCGUGACGAAACGUCACGGCCUUGUAAUUUAUUACUUCUGUUGUACCACUACAACAGACGACAUCCUUUGCCACCGUAUUCGUUCUAGAUACAGUAUGAUAUUGCUUCCUUAGUCACGACUUUAUCGCAGAAUCACCUGCUUGCCCGUCACGAACAUAUAUACCCGCUCUUUUGAUUACUUGACCGGCUUUGGUGUCGCCUCUUCCCAUAUUCACUCCGUGCUCAAGGCGA